ACUGGAGCAACAUGAUCAUAGUGUGAUGUUCUCCAUCUCGUAGUAGUGUGUGGUUUUCAAUAGAAUCUUGAACACUUGCUACGCUUUGAAAUUCCUACUCUGAGAAUAAUGCAACGAGUUAUUACUACGUUUUCUCGAAAUAUGGCUUCGCUAAGCCAAAUAAGAAUGGCUGGUGAACGUGGAUCUGGAGCUGGGAAAGGAGGUGGCGGUGGUGGAACUAUCCGUGAAGCUGGUGGAUCUUUUGGAAAAAUGGAAGCAGCUCAUGAAGAUCAAUAUUUUUAUAACCUGCAAAAGGAACAACUUCAGAAACUUAAAGAGGACCUUCAUGACGAAAUCUCUUUUCAUGAAGAACAAAUUAAACGCCAUCAAGAGGCCAUAAACCGCCACAAACAAAGAAUUACAGAAAUGGAUGAGAAAUAAACUAAUUCAUUCUAUACAAUAUAUAUACUUACUUUCUAAGCGUGAUGUCACUCUUUCUAAUGAUGAAACUGUUAUAAUAUUAUUACUAGUAAUUAUAGUAGACAUUUAUGUCUGUGUUUUUUUUUAAACUGCAAAAUAUAUACAAUAUAUAAAGUAAUAUAUAUAUAAAUUGAAUAAAAGCGACAAACUAACUAUUUUCUCGUA